GUUUCAACGACCAGGAAGAAAGAAGAAAAGUGUUUAUUUUUUGACUGUAGGAACAACUAGUGUCCCAUCAUGCCUCGCUCCUUCUUAGUGAAGAAAGUGAAACUUGACGAUUUUUCCGCUGCAGAGCUGGAGAGCUCGUAUGGUCACAGCAGAAGAGAAGAGCUCAGUCUGCGAUUCCAUCAUCAUGACAAAGGCUAUGUCAGCAAUUAUCUGAGUCCAUCUCCAUAUGAUGAUGUGGUUGGAAGUGACGCCUCUGUCAUCUCUAAAGUACCCUCCCCCGGCCAUCCGUCAAUCAUCUAUGGGCGCAUUGAUGACACCUACUCUGGUAUUCACGGGGAUAUCCAUGGAGAUUCUGACCAGCCGGACAGCCCGCGGUCUGAGGUGUCAUCAUCAGCUGGUGGAUACAUCAAUGGGGAUGCGGCGGUGAGUGAAGGAUACACAGUUGAUGCUUUUUUCAUCAUGGAUGGACGAUCGAGGAGAAAAGCCACCACAAACCCUCGAGGAGCCACGCAGAGGCACACCUGCAGUGAGUGCGGCAAAACCUACGCCACGUCCUCCAACCUGAGCCGGCACAAGCAGACGCACCGGAGCAUAGACAGCAAGAUGGCGAAAAAAUGCCCCACGUGUGGUAAAGUCUACGUCUCCAUGCCGGCCAUGGCCAUGCACCUGCUGACCCAUGACCUUAAGCACAAGUGUGAUGUAUGUGGCAAAGCGUUCAGCAGGCCGUGGCUGCUGCAGGGUCACAUGCGCUCGCACACUGGGGAGAAGCCCUUUGGGUGCGCGCACUGCGGCAAGGCGUUUGCUGACCGGUCAAACCUGCGGGCUCACAUGCAGACGCACUCGGCCUUCAAGCACUACAAGUGUAAACGCUGCGACAAGACGUUUGCACUCAAGAGUUACCUAAACAAGCACUACGAGUCAGCGUGUUUCAAAGGGGCUUUCUCCCCGAUGAGCUCACUGGGGGAAUGAUGGAGCCAGAAAAUGUCUUUUUUAGUUUAUUAAUAUCAGAUUUUACUGGUCUAUUUCCCUUUUUUCUGCUUUCCCAACAAGGAAACCAGUACGCCUGAGCACUAAAUUGAGGAGUUUUCAUGAAGCAAACGACAAAAAUAGAUAGUUUGAGGACACGUCUGUUUGUAAUCAAGACCCUCCAAUCCCUCCUUUGUCUCCUUUUUCCUUAUUCGGAAGUGGAGUGAAGCGUUUUCGACGCUUGAUUUAGAUAACCACCUGCGUCAAUACAAUACAUCCCUUUCUGAGGCUGUUUUGAGUAUCUGUGAAGAUAAAUAAAGCACAGCACAUCUAGCUCAUCUCUUUUGAAGAUACCUAGAUCUAUUUACGUCCAUAUCUGUCCCCGUCCCACGACAAAACCACUCUGAAGCACAAUCCCUCUCCCAUCUCUUUGUCUUCCUGAGACAGGAAUGUCACGGGACUUUAAAGCAUGAACCACACUGUCAGUUUUCUUGCAAAGAGAUUCGAUGAACUUUUGUAUUUACUGCUUUUUUAGAGAACAAACAUUUAAUCUAAGGGUACGUCUAGUAUCCUGCUUUUGAAACUAACCUUGGACUAAACUUGUGAGAAGUUAAAGCAACAAGACAAAGAAAUGACACAGCAU